CAUCGAUAUAAUACGGAUGCGGUACACGUGUCAAUUUAUCUGUACCAAAACAAAACCAGAAGUGUCUGGUCAUCUUGAUCCGUUACUGGAAAAGAGAUAAUCGAAAUAAAAUAAAUCUGAGUGGUGCCACACAACUUUCUCUGCUAUUGAAAUUUGUUCUAACAAAAAACAUGGCACUGGCUCAAGUGUCUGCUUCGCUCUCCUUCUCCUCCGUCCACGAUGUUUGUGCUUUUAGCUCAGCAAGAAGAAUUCAUGCAAUUUCUCAAUUACCCAUUUCGAGUUUUACCAAAAGUGGAACACCCUUUGCCACUGGCUCUCCUCUCUUGAUAUCAAGAACUGCUCUUCAGAAAA